AUGUCCAACUUGGGACAAUUUGACUCUGAUUUUUACCAAUCUAAUUAUACUAUUGAUAAUCAGGAGCAGAGUUCUGAAGAUUCUAAUGCCUAUGGACAUGUUUAUGGAUCUAGAAAACAACAAGCCAGCGAGCAGCCUCAGCCUGUCUUUGUCCCACCAGAGAUGCUCAUGUCAUCAGGUUGCGAGGGACAAUUUUUUCAGCCAGCAUCCAACCCGGAUUAUUAUUCACAAUCUUCUUACGUUGACAGUUUUGAUGAAGAGCCUCCUUUGCUAGAAGAUAAGUUAAGGAAGUGCUAUUAG